AUUGCAGAUGUAAUUCAACAACAUGAACCACCACAUAUUGAUAAUAAUAUUGUGCCAAGCAUUGAUAAAAUUAAUAGUGAUACAUCCAGAUUUGAUGAUUCACUAAGCAAUAAAAGGAUAAAAAGAAACUCGUUUGAAAAACCAACUAAAAUAAUUGAAAAUAAUGACAAUGACAUUUUAAAAGACGUGUCAAAUACAACAACUAUUAAUUUAUUAAAUUGGUCAACAAGCCAGAUGUGGGCUGAUUAUUACCAGAAUAAUAGUAAUGAUUCAGAUAUUAAAAAUGAUGAAGAUGUUGAUGAUGAAGAAUAUAAAAAAACUGCUGAUGACAUUUAUUAUGAAGAUAAAGAUGCAGAACAUCAAGAAAAUGAUAAUGAUGAUGAUAAAAAAAAUAGUAGUGUUGAAAAUGAUAAAGAUAUUGAUGAAGAAGAAGAUCAAGAAAAUGAGGAUGAUGAUGAUAAUGACAUUAUAAAGGACGUGUCAAAUACAACAACUGUUAAUUUAUUAAAUUGGUCAACAAGCCAGAUGUGGGCUGAUUAUUACCAGGAUAAUAGUAAUGAUUCAGAUAUUAAAAAUGAUGAAGAUGUUGAUGAUGAAGAAUAUAAAAAAACUGCUGAUGACAUUUAUUAUGAAGAUAAAGAUGCAGAACAUCAAGAAAAUGAUAAUGAUGAUGAUAAAAAAAAUAGUAGUGUUGAAAAUGAUAAAGAUAUUGAUGAAGAAGAAGAUCAAGAAAAUGAGGAUGAUGAUGAUAAUGACAUUAUAAAGGACGUGUGA